AUGGGUUUAGCCACCUCGCAUAAAUGCGUCAUUUCAAGGAGAGAUGAUGUUUGGUUUGCAGCACUCAGAAGGUCUUGCAUUCACUUGACUUGGAGUGAUCGUAGUGCUAUAUGCCUUGAGGGGCUUGGCCUUCAAGUCGUAGAGAAUGUAGAAGAAGCUGAGUUUACUUUGCCCCAUGGUACUAAAGCUUUGGGGCUCCCUUCGGGAAAGGCACGUUCUACUAGUCUUGAUGGUCUUGAAAAAAUAUCGGAGCUUUGUGCAGCUAAGAAAAUUUCAAUGAUUGUAGCCAAUCCAGAUUGUGUGACUGUUGAGGCAAGAACCCGGAAUUUCUCUAUAUAUAAAUUGCAGAUUUUGGAAUUUUGUCAUCCUACCAAUGGAGAUCAUGAUAUUAUGGGAGCCAAUGCAGCUGGAAUCAAGUCAGUAUUUACUACUGGAGGAAUCCAUGCAAAUGAACUUGGACUAAGUAGUUUCAGAGAAGUUGCAGAUUUAUCUUCUGUCCAAAUUCUUUCAUCAAAAUAUGAUGCACAUCCAUCAUAUGUGUUACCAGCGUUCAUAUGA